UGCGGCGCGCGCGGCAGCAGUUGGACUGCGGCGGGCGGCGGUUGAAAGGUCUUCGGAGGCGCUGUUCUUCACUGUUCUACCUCGCGCACUAUGUCCGGCCGCGGCAAGACUGGCGGCAAGGCCCGCGCUAAGGCCAAGUCGCGCUCUUCGCGCGCGGGUCUCCAGUUCCCUGUGGGCCGAGUACAUCGGCUGUUGAGGAAGGGCCACUACGCCGAGCGGGUGGGCGCCGGCGCGCCGGUUUACCUGGCGGCGGUGCUCGAAUACCUCACCGCUGAGAUCCUGGAGCUGGCGGGCAACGCGGCUCGCGAUAACAAGAAGACGCGGAUCAUCCCUCGCCACCUGCAGCUGGCCAUCCGCAACGACGAGGAGCUCAACAAGCUUCUGGGCGGCGUGACGAUCGCUCAAGGGGGCGUCCUGCCCAACAUCCAGGCCGUGUUGCUGCCCAAGAAGACCAGCGCCACCGUGGGGCCGAAGGCGCCAGCGGGUGGCAAGAAGGCCACCCAGGCCUCUCAGGAGUACUGAGGGGUGCCCGCGCUGCGACCGGCUGUCCAGCCCUCCCCAUGCUACCACAAAGGCCCUUUUAAGGGCCACCACCGCCCUCACGGAAAGAGCUGAGCCACGUAGGGCUGCUAGGCGUGCGAACCGCGGCGCCCGGCCCCCUCCCCUCGCGUCCCCGCCGCCUCUCGCCCUCCCCUCCCCCGCGCCCGCACGGCCUGCCGCGGCGCUAGAGGGCCUCGGUCCUUGUCCUGGCUACUGGGAGGAGGGGCGGGCUGGCGUCUUCCUCCGGCUCGGGGCCCUUCAGCCACGGAGGACGGGGCUGGAGGCGCAGCACCUGUCCGCCUUGGUGUGGGUGACUCAGCCGCCGCCCCAUUCUCAGAAUUGCUGGUGGGUUGCGGUGAGGCCGCAGCACCUUCUGGAAGACUUGGCUUUCCGCUUUUACGUAGGGCUGAGGUGGGCAGCCAAGGCCAAGAAGCCGGUAGCCCUUAAGGUGAGUUCCUCAGUUGCUGCAGCCUGGAUGUGUCUGUUCUUCAGCGUGGUGCUUAGUUCUUGCCAGGACUUCAGACGUUGACUGUUGAUUUCCAGGCUUUGAGAGAAUCGAUCACUUGUUUUGGUUUGGUGCCCCCUUGAUGCCAAGUCCCAGAAUUUUCAGUCAUCUCCAUCUUCAUUCAUAGGCCUAUGUGGUGUGGCCAGGACAAAUCUGAUCUUUCCUCCUGAGAUGACUCCUAGGAAGAAGUUUGGGAGAUGGCAAAGGCCUCCAGUUUGGACUUAGAGCUGGUUGUGUAGAUAGCAGUAGAGUUGUUUGCGCUGAAAGAGACUGAAAACUGGGCCUGUCGGGCCUAACAACCCCAUUUCCCCUUCCAGCCACUCAACUCGGCAAUCCAAGCACCUAGAUACCAGCACAUGUCAGUUAAUCUCUGGACUGAAUCUCUCUUGGUUUCUGAACUGGAAUUUUGCAGCUAACCCAUCCACGACUAGAACCUUAAGUAUUGGGGAGUUUCAGAUGGUCUAAUUUUGUUUAUUAAAGGAUUUUUUU